GCGUUGUGACGCCAUCGUGUUGCGCCCAGGCUUUGACGACUCGCUUGAUGGACAGGCUUCAAAGUUUAUCAUCAUGCCAUCGGGCUGGGCGGAGAGAUCUAUUCGAUGCUAUUCAAGAACCUGCUUGGCACUGCGCGCCACUGACUCUUAACCAACUCCUCGGCACUGACGGCAGUAUUUCCGGAACCCUCGCGCCUCCGAUGAGUCUGCUAGUCUUCGCAUCCGGUGCGCGCGCACCACCCGGAUGGCCGGCAAGGCAGCGGUCGAGUGCAGCCCAUCCCCGGCGACGUCGCCGGCACUCAGAACGCGAUGCCACAGCGUCAUGUCCGGCCCUCGCUGGCCGCAGUGGCUGUACCCUGUUCCGACGUUUUUGCGGCAACCCGCCGACUAUCGCCUUUGCUGCCUCUUUCCAUGCUCUCGCCUACCCCCCCAACGUGCUUGGAGUCCGAGGCUCUCGGGUUGCUUGAAGCACUGGUGCCAAGACACACCGGACAAAAGCCUGACCCUUGAUUAUCGACCUGUCCGCGUCCGACGUGGGAGUCGCUCUACUCCAGCAAUGUCUGUCGUUCUCUCUCUCUCUCUUUUCAGAUGUAGCGCUGCUGGUCAUCUUGCAGUUCUCCCCGCGUCUCUCCAAUGUGGACUGAUGGAGCUACCUGAGUCGCCGAACCUUGGAAGGGUGCCCUCGAAUGACCAUUGGGGGGUUUCGCACCUCAACCGCCCCCAUGCCCACCUCCCGCCUGUCCCUUGGCGCCCAUCUCACCAGUAUCAGACCGACGGGACAGUCUGAACCCCUGGGCCGAUCGUGGAUCCCCCAAGCUUUGAUGGCCUCCUGUCAAAAAGAAGAUGUCAACCAGCCUCGUUUUGCCUCUUCAGGGUUGCACGUGGAAU